AUGGCCGUUACUACAAGAUGUGGAAAAGGUGGAAAUGCACCCACCUCAAGCCAAAGGCAACUUGUGGAUGAAGAGCAAGUAAUGCAAGAAAAGGAGAUCCCGAACAAUGAUGAGGAAUCUAAUGAUAAGGUUGAGAUUGAUAUUAAUCAUAGUGUGGAAGAGACUCAAGAGGAGGUGAACCCAUCUAGGGAUCACAUUAACGACAUGCCGGAACCAGUAGUGCAAAAAGUUAAGGCACCGUUGCCUAAGCCUCCACCUCCAUACCCACAAAGACUUGCAAAGCAAAAUGGUGAAAACCAAUUCACGAAGUUUAUCCAAAUGAUGAAAAGUCUCUCAAUCAAUGGGCCAUUAGUUGAAGCCUUGCACCAAACCCGGUUAUGCGAAGUUCAUGAAGGAUCUUGUGACAAAGAAGCGAUUUUCAAGAUAUUGGGAAUUGGGCAAGCAAGUCCCACCUCUAUGAGAUUGCAAAUGGCCGAUAGCACUACGAAGAGACCCUUAGGAGUGAUUGAGGAUGCUUUGGUUUGUGUUGAUAAAUUCAUUCCCCUAGUGGAUUUUGUCAUUCUAGAUUGUGAGGUUGAUUAUGAGGUGCCGAUUAUUCUUGGUAGACCUUUUCUUGUUACGGGGAAGGCUAUUUGUGAUGUUGAAGCCGGAGAACUUACUUUCUGUGUUAGUGAUGAAAAAAAAAUGGUUCGAUCUCGAGGUAGAGGUGAUACUUCAAAUGGGAGGGGUGAACCUUCAAGGGGUCGAGGCAAGAGUGCUUUACCCCUCUCCUUACAAAAAAUAAUCACAAAGAAGACUACAUCUGGCAGAGGGAGGGGUGCAUAG